AUGAAGUACUCUCUCUUCACCGCCGUUGUUGCGGCUUUCGCGUCUGGUGUCAGCGCUGCUGACGCCGUCAAGGGCGCUGCUGAGGGUUUUGCUAAGGGUGUCACUGGUGGUGGCAGCGCCAAACCUGUCUACCCCUCCACUACUGCGGAGCUCAUCAGCUACCUCGGUGACUCUUCUCCUCGUGUCAUUGUCCUCACCAAGACUUUCGACUUCACUGGCACUGAGGGUAAGGCUACCUCUGCCGGUUGCCGCCCAUGGGGAACUGGCUCCGCUUGCCAGAUCGCCAUCAACAAGGACGGCUGGUGCGACAACUACCAGCCUAACGCACCCAAGGUUGGCAGCAUCACCUACGACAAGGCUGGUAUGCUCGGAAUCACUGUCAAGUCCAACAAGUCUUUGAUUGGACAGGGCAGCAAGGGUGUCAUCAAGGGCAAGGGUAUCCGCAUGACUGGCAACGUCAAGAACAUCAUUGUUCAGAAUGUCCGUUUCACCGAGAUCAACCCUCAAUACGUCUGGGGUGGUGAUGCCAUCACCGUUGACGGCGCCGACAUGAUCUGGAUUGAUCACGUCACCACCGACCUCAUCGCCCGCCAGCACAUUGUUCUCGGUAACGGCGCUUCCGGUCGCGUCUCCAUCACCAACAACGAGAUCAACGGUGCCACCGCCUGGUCUGCUACCUGCGAUGGCCACCACUACUGGGGCAUGUACUUCACUGGCAGCUCCGACAUGGUCACCCUCAAGGGCAACUACAUCCACCACACCUCCGGCCGCUCCCCCAAGGUCGCUGGUAACACCCUUCUCCACGCCGUCAACAACUACUUCUACGCCAACUCCCAGCACGCUUUCGAGGCCGACUCUGGUGCCAAGAUCAUUGCUGAGGGUAACGUCUUCCAGAACGUCAAGGAGGCUGCUCAGUCUGGUCUCCCAGGCAAGGUUUUCGCUGUUGGCUCCAACGGCUCUGCCUGCAAGUCUGCUAUGGGCCGCAACUGCGAGCCCAACGCUUACGGCAGCUCUGGCACCAUGGCUGGCUCUGACACCAGCAUCAUUGCCGGCAUGAAGGGCAAGAACAUUGCCGCUGCCGGUACUGCUGCCAGCGCCAAGAACGUCCAGCAGACCGCUGGUUACGGAAAGAUCUAA